AUGCAACGCCACAUUACUUGGCUUUCGGUCGUCAUACUGAUAUGGUCACAGGCCAUACACCUUGUUUCCUGCUACCAAGAAGCCAGCCACGUCUCGGGAGGAACAUCUGUGGGGACUGCUACACAGAGUACAUCCUUUACGACAUUGUAUCCACCUCAUAACGCCUACAGAGUGCUCGUCGCUCAAACACAGGGUGUGUACAACGCACAGCUUGAGCGUGAAGGACAUCCCGCCCUACUGCCCUUUCCCUUACCCUUACCCUUACCUUCAGUUGCUCUAAACCUUGGCGGGAACGCAGAUGUUGUGACUUCUAUACCUUCCACCAGUUCUUCCAGUUCUUGGACAACAACCGUGGUUGAGACAGUUAAGACCACUGUUCCGUUUAAUCCGACAGGCUCUGCCACCACUACUUCUACAUCCGUGGGUCAAGACACCAAGACCACUGUCACCUCCUUACCUAGCCAGACUGCUACUCAGAAACCUGCAACAAGAGCUGCUAGUUCAGCGGCCAGUAUGAACCAGCAAGAUGUCUUCAACACAGUGUCCCUAGAUGCUGUGCCGACAAACAUUGCUACAAAGGACGACCAUCCGGUUCCAAAGAUCGGAAUUGUCAACACUACAUCUCCCAUAGAGACGAACAAGUUCUACGCCAACUUUUUCCUAGGGGAUCAAACCACCUCGUCUUUUUCUCAGCCUUAUUCGCUAUCAUGGGCAAAGGGCUCUGGUGGCGCAAGAAGCUGGGGUCUGGUUGCCUCUCAUACUGAGUUGGAUCAACUGGUAUAUGGAAAUACGAGUGCAGAGCUUCCAAAAAAUCCCGUGGAAUACUACCUCAAUCCUAUUGGACUUCAACCAUUGAUAUUGUCUGCGGCUGAAUUUGGAAACUCGACGGUUCUCAAUACUGAUCGUCUUACUGGAUUCUCUGCCAAUGUCAUUUUGCAGCCGUCCAACGGAUCUAGUCAAAGCAUCACGUUUCCAAUCGUGCAGGGCAUGGGUUUCGUCACUGGUGUUUACUCUGGAUUGCAGCCGUUCAUUCAGAGCAGUAUCUUGUUCCGUAACGUUGUUCAAGCUGGGUCUCCUCGUCCUGGCACUUAUAAGUUUCAAAUCACGCUAGAGGACAACAAAUCGUGGCUUAUGUAUGUGACUCCUGACGACGGAUUGCAGCCUACUUUCAACUUUACCACAUCAGCUACUACCCUUGCUGGUCCUGCUGGCUUCUCAGGCGCUAUUCAAAUUGCCAAAAAUCCCGCUGGGAGCGGAGGAGAGGCAGUCUACGACCAGUCUGCUGGAGUAUACGCAACCACUGCCAAUAUCUCUGGAUCUGUCACCGAUACAACGGGCACAUACAAGUUGAGCUGGGAAAAAGCGGGACGUAAUGCCUCUAGUGCUCCUUUGUUGAUGUUUGCUUUACCUCAUCAUAUUCAAUCGUUUGAUGACACUACCAAACAAGGAUUGCAAGCUGUGCAGCUUCGUGCCACAACAAAGGGAAAUACCACCGCUGUCCUAGGAGAUAGCUGGACCAUGGUGGAACAAAAUCUUCCCAUGGACAUGGACUUUGCCCCAUGGUCGCCUGCACUGGGCAGUGUGUCUACUUUGUCUGCAGAGAAUAUCCAGACCAUAAUGGAUGCCGCAAAGACUGAGUUGACAGUGGAUGUGGAUGGCCAGAGCAACGUGAACAGCAUGUACUACGGCGGAAAAGUGCUCAGCAAGUUUGCGACGUUGGUAUACACUGUCAAUACACUGGCCAAUGACCCACAAGCAGCCGCGGAGACUCUCGAUGGACUCAAGACAGCGUUUGCUCGUUUCGUCAACAAUGAGCAGCAAUUCCCGUUGGUAUAUGACAAUGUCUGGAAGGGUGUUGUUUCCAGUGCCGCAUGGGCGACCAACGAUCUGAAUCAAGACUUUGGAAACAGCGGUUACAAUGACCAUCAUUUCCACUAUGGAUAUUUCAUCCACGCGGCCGCUAUUAUUGGCGCUCUGGAUCCUUCCUGGAUUGAACCCAACAAGGCAUGGGUGAACAUGUUGGUUCGGGAUGCCGGUAAUCCCGCCACAGACGACCCUUUCUUCCCAUUCUCGCGGGCCUUUGACUGGUUCCAUGGCCAUUCGUGGGCCAAGGGCCUCUUUGUUUCCGGUGAUGGCAAAGACGAAGAAUCUACCUCGGAGGACGCCAUGUUUGCGUACGCCGUGAAGAUGUGGGGGAAGACUUCUGGCGAUAAGAGCAUGGAAGCGCGAGGAAAUCUGAUGUUGGCUGUCCUGCGACGCACUCUGAGCAACUAUUUCCUGAUGGAGGAUGACAAUCUCAACCAGCCAAACAACUUUGUGAACAACCGGGUCACUGGAAUUUUAUUUGAAAACAAGGCGCACCACACGACCUACUUUGGAGCCAAUCUGGAGUACAUCCAGGGAAUCCACAUGCUCCCUCUUCUCCCCUCAUCAGCCUACACACGCAACCAAACCUUUGUCCAGCAAGAAUGGGACUCGAUGUUCGCCGAAAACGCCUGCUCACCAGCCUCCAAAGUCUCGUCCGGAGGCUGGAAGGGCGUUUUGUACGCCAAUCGGGCGAUUACCAACCCGGAUGAAUCGUACGAGUUCUUCAAGCAGCCCAAUUUCGACCAGGGUUGGAUUGAUGGCGGGGCCACGCGUACGUGGUAUUUGGCAUAUGCUGCAGGUCUGAAAGGAGGCAAAUUCUCAGCUUCAUUCAAAACUCAGGUUCAUCGACAGGGCUCGCUCUCACGCAGCAUGACCGGCGUCAGCUCCAAUGGCUCUCUCGAGCCGGAUGAGCGUUCCAACCUACUCCCUCACCGUGACAGCGUCAGGUCCCAGUCCGGGUCGCCGUACCUGAGAGACGAGCGCUUUUGGGUCAGGAUACCUACCCAAUUUGGCCAUUUGACAUGGGCUACUCUGUUAAGCAACUAUGUCAAUGUCCUUCUCGUCUUUGUGCCACUGGGCAUCGUCUCUGGUGCUCUGGAAUGGGGUGCCGCCACGGUUUUCACCCUGAACUUUCUCGCUAUUAUGCCGCUGGCUUCUUUGCUGAGCUUUGCGACGGAGGAAUUGGCUGCCACCAUGGGACAGACUCUUGGCGGGCUGAUGAAUGCGACUUUUGGAAAUGCAGUGGAACUGAUCGUGAGCAUCAUCGCUUUGAAAGACGGCCAGAUCCGCGUUGUCCAAGCGAGCAUGCUGGGAAGUAUUCUAUCGAAUAUUUUGCUAGUGCUGGGUUGCUGUUUCCUGGUCGGCGGCCUCCGGUUCCCCGAACAGAGAUUCAACUCGACCGUCGCUUCGACCAUGUCUUCGCUGAUGGCCGUUGCGUCGGCAUCCCUGAUCAUCCCCGCGUCACUCUUUGCCGCCAUGUCAGAUUCCCGCGACACCGAUCCUUCUGAGACACGCGAUAACAUUCUUUUACUCUCUCGCGGAACCGCUAUCAUUCUUUUGCUUCUCUAUGUCAUGUACCUCGUCUUCCAGCUCAAGACCCAUGCAAAAAUGUUUGAAGAAGGCUUCCAAGAGGAGGGAUUGGCCAAUGGCCAACAAACCGGAGAAACCGAAGAGGCGGCACCUGUUGAACACCACGAAGAAGAACAUAUACUCAAUCCAUUUGCCGCCGGGGUUGCUUUGGUUAUCGUUACUAUCUUGGUUGCCAUCUGUGCCGAGUAUCUCGUUGGCAGCAUCGAAGGUAUUGUGGAAAAAACCGGCAUGACCAAGACUUUCAUCGGUCUUGUGCUCAUCCCAAUCGUGGGCAAUGCCGCCGAGCACGUCACUGCCGUCGUUGUGGCUUACAAGGACAAGAUGGAUCUAGCAAUUGGCGUAGCCAUUGGCAGCAGUUUGCAGAUUGCCCUUUUUGUCACCCCGUUCCUUGUCAUUCUUGGCUGGAUCAUGGGCGCGGAAAUGACACUGCACUUUCAAGUUUUUGAGACUGUCUCGUUUUUCAUCUCUGCUCUUGUGGUGAUUCUGCUUAUUCAGGAUGGUAAAUCUAAUUACCUUGAGGGUGGUCUUUGCUUGGGAAUGUACGCCAUUCUUGCAAUUGCCUUUUAUGUUUACCCAGACUCGGCCCAAUAA